AUGACAAAACGGACUGAUAGGGAAGAAGAUGACUCUGUUAAAUACGUCACUCUUUGUUGUGCCCGAGGUGGGAAGGCCCGGAAUAGGACGUUGAAUGUUGCCAAGCCACGUCCGACAGGAAAGACAGAAUGUAAGGCAAGGAUUAAUGCCUUAAAAGAAGUUAGUGAUGCCGUAAAAAGGGUCCUAGAUACCAAUGAUUUGGCUGGCAUCCAAGCGAGUAAGAGUUACGGAUCUCUCGUUGUUGGAGCGGGUGGAUUCGAGAAUCUCCCAUUUCUCGAAAAGGAUUGUCGCAAUUAUAUUGACAAGGCAAGACAUCUACGACUUGGCGUAGGUGGUGCUGGAGUGCUUCGACAGUAUUUCUUACGGAUGCAAUACAAAAAUCCUGGAUUUUUUUAUAUGAUGGACAUAGAUGAUGACGGGAGGAUGCCCUUUGCACCAUUUGUUGGUGUAAACCACCAUGGGCAGUCAAUUCUGUUGGGAGCCGGCUUGAUUUCUAGUGAGGAUACCGAGACAUUUGUGUGGUUAUUCGAGACAUGGUUGCAAUGCAUGGAUGGUAUCGCUCUGAAAGCUAUUAUCACUGAUCAAGAUAGAGUGAUAAAUGCAAUCGCUCUUGUCUUUCCAAAUACCUAG